UGUGUGCUUUCGGUUUGGGGUCAGUUGAUUUCCUGUGGGUACAGUUUGCUGUUGGUUAUCUAAGUUUUUUUAAAUUUUUUCGUCUUACUGUAACACUAGCCUGUUUUUCUCAAUUGGUCAGUUGUUUCUAGAUGAGAUUGCUCAAGCGCUAGCUGUAACUCAGCCUGUUGUUAUAAUAGUGCAAGAAAUAGUAACAAAUGGAACUGCAAAAUUGGACUCGCGCUCUUGUCGCAGUAACCCUCCUAACCCUCGCCUCCGCCGCCUUGGACGACUACUUCGAUCUCCCCGGCCCCUACUGCCGAGACCGAGGAUGUUGUCCCGGUAGACAGGACGACUGUUCAGUCCCCAUUUUAGGAAAUAACGAAGUCGUUUUUGAUGAAGGUACGUUAUGUUACUGCGACGAUUUUUGUAACCGCACCAGGAACGAAGAUUGUUGCCCCGAUUUUUGGCCACACUGUAAGGGAAUCAUGCCGCCCGAGAUCCCAGGACCCAUUUUGGGCUGUACAUAUGAAGGCAUCGUGUAUCCGGUGAACAAGGUGGUGAAGAGGAACUGCAACGAUUGCAAAUGUACAGCAAUAAGCAACACCACCGCUGAAAUGUUGUGUGAACAGAACGCAUGUAUCGUCGAUCCCAUGAUUAUUGAUUUCGUUAAUAACAAUUAUGGUGUUGGCUGGACUGCUUCUAACUACUCAGAAUUCUGGGGCAGAAAACUAGAAGAAGGCAUCAAACUGAGGUUGGGCACUCUUCAACCUCAGCGAUUUGUGAUGAGAAUGACCCCAGUGAGGCGAAUUUACGAUCCCCAUUCCUUCCCCCGGGAAUUCGAUUCGGAGAUGAAGUGGCCCGGAUUUAUCACUCAUGUUCAAGACCAAGGAUGGUGUGGCUCUUCGUGGGCCAUUUCCACUGCCGCUGUUGCUUCCGACAGAUUUGCAAUUUUGUCAAAAGGAAGAGAGAGAAUAACCCUUUCAGCUCAGCAUCUAAUCUCCUGUGACAGAAGAGGUCAACAGAGCUGUAAUGGGGGUUAUUUGGAUCGGGCUUGGUCUUACAUUCGUAAAUUCGGUUUGGUUGAUGAAGAUUGUUUCCCCUACACUGCUUCAAACGAAAAAUGUCGCGUCCCAAGACACGGAGAUUUGUUGACCGCAAAAUGCAGGCUUCCGCAGUUCGUCGACCGGAAGUCUAAGUAUAAAGUUGCCCCUGCGUAUAGAAUUGGAAAUGAAACUGAUAUCAUGUUCGAGAUUUUGAAUUCGGGGCCUGUUCAAGCAACCAUUAAGGUUUACCACGACUUCUUCACAUACAAGGGCGGUAUCUACAAGCACUCUUCCGUGUCACCAGACGACAGAACAGGCUACCACUCAAUCAGAAUUGUAGGAUGGGGCGAAGAAUAUACUUCAGAAGGUCUUAGAAAAUACUGGAAAGUGGCCAACAGCUGGGGUCCAGCCUGGGGCGAAAACGGCUACUUCCGCAUCAUCCGCGGCGUCGACGAGUGCGAAAUCGAAUCAUUCGUCCUCGGAACCUGGCCCGAAAUCGAAAACAAACUUCUCCUGCAAAACGAAAUCCCUCGAGUCAACAUAUAGAUGUAGGUGCCAUUUGGACGUGUUCAUCUCGAAAAUUGCCAUUUACUUCGUAACUGCCAUGUUAUGUGUUCUGACAAAUCUGCAACUGUUAUUAAAAACGCCAUCCUGUUUUGUAUUUAUUGCUGCGGGUGACGGUAAAGCACUCGUUUCUAACCUAAUUUCCGUGGAAAAGUCGGGGUUAGUGGCCCGGAGCCGAUGUUUGACAUCUCGUUUAGGAAAAAUAAUGUUGGUAUUCGAAAAAACGCUCAUUUAUCUUGCGUGUUGUAAACAUGCGCGCGUAAUAAAAAUUAAUGCGAAGACAUUCUAAUUUAUGUAUUUUUUUUUCGUAAGUGGUGCUUUAUCGUCACUCUGCCAUUACAUUAUGUGUGAAUACUAAUUGAUCGAUGUAAUUGUAGCAAAAAAAUAAUGUUCGUUUAAGCUGAUAGAAUCAUAAUAUAUUUUUAUAUGUUAGUUAAUUAUUAGACUAUUUUAACAAAUAUAA